CCUCAGUCGAGCACCCGCCCCUCCUCCUCGUCGCCAACACGAUAGCCGUCGUCGAGGCAGACCACUCAAACACUCCUUUCAACGCUGCUGCUCGACAUAUCCACAAUCAUCAUCCACAAUCCACCAGCGCAGCCCCUUCCUUUGCCACGUUUCCUCCCUCCCUUGUUUUUCUCUUUUCGGUCACGACCAGUCCAUGGCCGUUCUUGCACCACAAGAUUGGCAUCCACCCAGAGAUCACCAAAUGGAACUGAGCCCAAACUCGUCUGUCUCCCCCCGCCAGCGCACCUCCCCCGCCAACGACCCCGCAACACCGACUACCCCCUCCGCACCAGGCCCACAGCACCAGCAGCCCUACGCGUACCCGCACCAGCAGCCCCCGGCAGGCUGGCCCGUUUCGGGACAACCCUACUACCCUCAGUUCUACCAAAACCAGCAGCCCUACGGUAUUCAUGCACACCCAGGUCACGUACCCCCGCAACCCGCCCACCCGGGUCCUUACUACGACCACAACGCCCAGCUCGCCCAGUGGGCCUACCAGCAGAUGAUGUACAACCAAGCCCAUCAGAUGCAGCAGCAACAGCAGAUGCCCCCGCCCCCGCAUCAGCAACACCACCCCCCGCACACGCCCCAGCGCAGCGCGUCGAAUAACCCCGCGACACCGUCCGAGUACUUUGGGCCCCCGAACCAGAUGUUCAGCCCCUUCCCGAGCGGCACGCCCCCGCCCCAUCAGCAAAACGGCCAGUUUCAGCAGCCACCGCAGCAGCAACAGCCGCCGACACGCACCGGCUCGGCCGAGGGGCAGCAGCACAACGGCUUCCACCCCUAUCGCCGGCCGAAUCGCGGUGGUGCUGGCGGCGCUGGCCCGGCCAGCGAAGACUGGCGAGCAGGCGCGCAGCCGCCUCCGCCGCCCCCUGGGGGUGGCGCUUUUCAGCCGCCGUAUGCGCGCGGGGACGCUUCGGCGUCGUCGUCCUCGGUCAACUCUGGCUCGAGCGCGCGGGAGCACAACAACAAUAACAAUGGCAGCCCGCGCCAGCGCACGAGCAGCACGCAAGGAUCCGCGAAUGGGCAUGGCCCCGGCAACGCGGGGAGUGUCCGCGGCGCGCGCCCGGGCCAGUCGCCCACGCCACCGCCGUCGCUCCCCGAUACGCCGCGUUCGCGCACGGGCAGCAACUCGUCGGCGACGAGCGCACAUGCGCAUGCGGCUGCGCACGCCGCGCGGCCGCAUCCGCACCACCGGACGGGGUCGUCGUCGUCGGCCACCUCUGCAUCGGCGCCGCGCCCUUCUGGUGCGAGCGCGAACGGGUCCUCCUCGACGGCGAUGGCGACGGCCGCCGGCGGCGCGGGGGCGGUGGCACCCGCUGUGGCGCGGCAGGCGCGGCCGUCGCCGUUGUCGCAGGGGAGCUUUACUGCCGCGGAGAAGCGGAUGUCGCGGGACGACAGCGAUCUGCAGGGGAUGAUGGCGGAUGAGCGGGGCGGGGAGCGCGCGCACCAUGGGCAUCGUGGGAUCAAGGGCCGGUUGAGGCGCGCGUUGUCGUUGAAUGCGACGCAGACGCUGCAGGACGAGGACGAGGAUGAUGCGAGCUCGACGAAGGCGAAUGCGCCGGGGCGCAGGCCCGCGAACGGUGCUGCUGCUGCUGCCGGCGGCGGCGGCGGCGGCGGUGCUUCUGGCGGGCCGAGCACGGGUGGGAGUUCUGUGGCGAUGACGAGCACGACGGAUGCGGCGGACGCGGCGUCGACUGCGACGCGGCAGACGAAGAAGCGGUCGCGCGCUGCGUCGCUGUUCAAUCCGAAGCUGAACGCGUCGACGGACAAUAUCUCGCUGUCGUCGACGAUGUCGUCUGCGUCGAUGGUGAUCCGGAAGCUGGGGUCGAUCGGGAAGCUCGCGCGGCGCAAUUCGCUCGCGGGGAUUACGAGUCUGUUCAAGGACAAGGAUAAGGAUAAGGGCAAGGACACGAUGGAGGAUCUGGAUAAUGAUGAUACGCCGAUCGGGGCGGAUCUGGAUGCGGGCGAGCGGAAGAAGGGCAAGAAGAUGAAGAAGAAGGGCGGCGGCGGCGGUGGCAAGGACGUGGGUGGCAGUGGGAGCAAGGGGAGUGCGGCGGAGCCGAGUGUGUCGCAUGCGCAGGCGGAGCUCGAUCGGUCGAGCGAGUGGAGCAAUGGCGGGGAGAUGACGGGGCUCAGUCCGGCUGCGAAGCUGGCGAGGCAGCAUACGCUCAAGAGCAACGCGGAGGCGGCGGCCAAGGCGAAGGCGCAGCAGGAGGCUGCUGCCGCUAUUGCUGCUGCUGCUGCCGCGGCGGGGGGGAAGCAGAACGGCGGGGUGCCGGUUCCGGGGCCGUGGGAGCGGAACACGACGACGGGGCGGGACGGCGGGGGGCAUGGGGGUGUGCGGGUGAGCGAGGACGGGAGCCGGAUUGUGGAGGAGGACGAGGAGAGCGAUGAUGGGCAUUAUUAUGGGUCGCGUUCUGGGGGCCCGCAUGAGGGCUGGGACGACGACGAGUGGCCGGAGGAUGAGGACGAGGACGAGGCGACGAUUCGGAUGGAGCGGACGCAUAUUGGGGGGAGCGAUGGUGCGGAGGACGGCGAGACGGUUGCGUGGGCGCAGAAUAUCCGCCGGAGCGUCGAGCGCAAGAGGCAGCCGACCAAGGGCAUUUUGAAAGGCAAGAAUCGUGCCGAAGGGUUCAACCAGGAGGUGUAUCUCGCCGAUUCAGCGAAUGUGCAGACGCGGGGUCGCGCCAACUCGGAGAACACGCGGCCGGGGCAGGCGCUCUCGGAGACGCCGUCGCUCACGCAUAUUCCGUCCUCGGACCCGGACCAGAUCGACGGGCUGCACAGGCACUCGUCGACGUCGUCGCACCGCUCUAGCGGUGCCGGCUCUGGCGCGGCGUUCCAGCUGCCGCCCUUGACGAUCGACACCGAAGGGCUUAGCGUCGACUCGCCCAAGGAAAUCACGGGCAGUGCAACUACCACUCCGACGACGGCGACAACGACGACUCCGGGCUCGGGGCGGUCCUCGCCGCAAAAGGGCAUGUUCACGCUGUCGAACUCGUCUGCGCCCGUGCUGUCGAGCAUGCCGCUGUCGCCGCCCGCGGGGCUGACGCACCGGUCCGCGACGACGCCGGCGAAGCGGCUGGCGUUUGCGAACAAUCUGUCGGUGUACGACACGUUUUCGCCGCAGAUGUACGACCGGCGGAGCGAGCCGGCGACGUGGAGCCGGCUGACGCCCGCGCUGGCGCAGCAGAUUAAGGAGGAGCUGAAUUCGUUCAAGAUGGAGGAGAUGGAGGUGCAUGCGUCGAGUCGGAUGCACACUCAAUUUUUCAUUUGAGGAUGGGUAUACUCCCUCUUCUCCCGGCAUACCUCCUAUCGGAUUUAGCGUUCUCAAGGAUCCCCUCAUUCACCCCCAUCUAAAACACACCCGCCCAAGAUAUAUCUGACACUCCUUUUGGCUGCAUCGUUGUCUGGAUCACAAUUUAUCGUCCAUCGUCCUCUCAUACGCAUUCGCCGUUGUUUUCUCUCUCUCUCGCCUUCUCGCCUUCUCGCCUAGUCUCUCGUUCCGUCCAUCUCCAUCGACAUCUCUGUUAUAGUUCGUCCAACUCCCCCAUCAAUCCACCCAUCCUUCACAAUUAUACCCUACACCUGUAAUCAUACCGUGGCAGGCGCCCCGCUUCACCUCCUUCCCUUCUUUUUCAUGCCCUUCUUCUGGUCGUUGUCCAGUUCUUUUUUGGCACUGCUCUCUGCUCUCCGGUUUUCUGCUUCUCUCCUCUCCUCGUUGCUCGCUGUCGCUUGUCCAGGAGCGAGGAUCCGUCAUUCGAGGGAUAUACCCGGGGUAUUCCAGGGGAAUUUAGAAGCAAGAUGGGAGGCAUGGGACGAUGAACGAUCUCGCCCUGAUAUCAAGCCAAGGACAGUCAAGUCCAGGACAGGAAAGAAGAGGAGAGGAGAAGAGAGGAAAGGAGGGAGAGGGAGGUAUAUAUGUUGUAUAUAACCCUUCUCCGGGGCUCUGGCAGACUCGACGAGACACAACGCUCACUUCAAGUUUUUUUCUUUCUUUUCUUUUUUCUUUCUCUGUUUCAUUUUUUGUUCACCUUGUUUUGUUUGUUAUUCGGGCGUCUUGCUCUGCUUGGCGUUCGAAUGGACUCUUCCGCUCGUUGUCUCUGUUUUCAUCUCUUUUUCUUACCCAUUUCUUUCUUCUCUCGCCCCCCUUUUUUCUCAAAGGAAUGCAGCCUGCCCGCUUUAUACGCACACACACAAAGAGGAAUCGAUCCCCUUGCUCCUAUAGCUAACGUAUAUGCUUAGUACUUAUAACCAUAACCGCAACCAACCAACCAACCAACAACAACACGCAAUCACCCAUCCGCCCAUCCAACCCACCACACAUACACUCACCAUGUGCAUCUUUUCCUUUUCUUUUUCUCGUUCCAUCUGAAUCUCUCUCUCUCUCUCUCGCCCUCUCUUUCUCUCGUCCAAUACAAUCUCCCCAGCCCCUCUCCUCCUAACGUUAUAUAUGUCCGCCC